CCAUUCGACCCUCGUUAACGUGAUUGUGAAUGUGUAUGUUAAAUGUUUAUUGUGGCAAAAUUUAUAGAUAACAAUCAAUAAAAAAAAUCUAAAGUCUUAACUUUGUUACAAGUUACUGCUUUUUACUCGAAGACACUCACCCUAUUAUUGUUGAUGUUAAAUGCAUUAAUUUGUUAGACAUUUAACAGAAUUAAGAAUUCAGCAAACGGCUAACAUUAAUAUAUACUUCUUCUUUUGAAGUAUGAAUAGCUCAGCUGCCAAAGUUGGUGAAAUUUUCACAGAAGCAGGUGCUGCUUUUAACAAACUGGCUGAAAUGACUAUGACAUUACAUCCUUUAGCUGAACAAUCUACGAAUGCACAUGCAAAAACUCCUACUAAAAGGAAAACAACAGAUGAACGCAUUUCAACACAUUCUGGACCUACAAAUCAGAACCCUGGACAUACAAAACAGUCUGUGGGCAUGCAUCAUGUUACACUGAAUAUGCUCAAUGCGCAAGAAAAUGAAAUGGAUGUGGAUGACAUGGGUCGUGAUGUGAAAUUGGAGUUUGAAUCAAGCACGGAAGAAGUUGUCACAUAAAUAUAAUUCAUUAUAAUUGUUGUAUUUGA